CUCUUGUCUCCACCGAGGCCCUCACCGAACACGCUUCUCAUCUCAUUUCUUUCCAUCUCACCUUACUUCUCGCCAUCGCUCUUUCAUGCUCGAAUAACAUGAACGCAGCCUCCGUGCUCCCGCCCAUCGCGAUUGGCACUCCACUGGUCCAGCCCACGCCACCAGCCGAGCGCCCCUCCUCCGCCCCAUUGUCAUCCUCUCCCUCCUCUCCCUCCGAUGGCCCAACAACGCCUUCGAGUCCUCAACCCUUCCGCCCCCCAUCACGACCGUCAACAGCGGGUCCGUCUCCGCCGUCAUCGCCGAAAGGUGCGGGCGGGAGAGGCCUCCCCGCACCUAUCGGCAUCCCUGCGCGCCGGCCGCGUGCCAAUACUCAUGCUCUGCUCAGCUCCUCGCCCACGCACACACCAUUCAUGGUCGGCAGCAUGGACACGACAGCGCUCAUGAAUGAGCCACCGCGCAGCUUCCUCGGCUCGAGCCUGCCGACCCGCCCGCGCGUUGGGCGCUCUGUCUCAACUGGUCCGGCUCCACGCUCCACUGCGCCACCGAAACCUGCAGCGGCUCCCGCGCCCAAGCCACCAAACCCCGGCACGACGGUAGCAGCGAAGAGCACCCCGUCGUCGCCCAAGCUAAGCAAGGGGAAGACAUCCGCCAGCGCGGACAUCACGGACAUUAACUUCCUCCUGGCUAACAACUCCUGCAUCGCUGAGGCACUCGCAGGGGGCGACUUUGCAGCUGCCGGCAUUUCGGUCCCGAAGCCCUCACCGAAACCCCGGCAAGCGAGCACGUCGAAGAAGACAGGGUGGCGCGCAAAGCUGUUCGACUUUGACCAGGUCCUCGGAGCCUUAGAUCCCAGCCGCAUCGCUGAGGCGAGCGCGCCAGAGCCUGUCAAGUGUGUCGUGUUCGGUGCCGAGACGGAGACGGGACUCGUCGUCUGCCGCGCCCUUCUCAAGGCGCAGGGUUACAUCCUGACCGCGCUGACGGUGGACGAGUUGGACAGCCCGGCGCCGGCCGAACUGAGGAAGGCUGGUGCGCGCGUCGUCCAAGUCGACAUGGACAACCCGGCGUCGUACCAAGCCGAGCUGAAGGGCGCCGCAGCAGUCUAUCUCUCCUCCAACGUCAUCACGCUCCACAGCAUCUUGCAGCACCAGUCCGAGCCUGCGCGCACGGAAAUUGCGCGCCGCGCCGACCGCUGCCAGCUCUCGAAGGCGGCGCACGCCUGUGCGCGCGCCAAGGUCGGGCACCUCGUCUUCCGCGUCAACGCGUGCGGACACGAGAUCAUCGAGAACAGCCUGGGCAAGAAGGAGGUCGUGAACUCGUCCACGCCCGAAGACCUGCGCCGCCUCGGCGUGCCCCACACGGUGCUGCACACGAGCGUGCCGUUCUCGCGCCUCAUCGAGUGGCUCGAGGAGUCGGACACGGGUCUCGUCCUCAACUUCCCCGUGCCGGACGACUGCAGCGUGCCGUUCUUCGCGAUCGAGCAGACGGGCGAGUACGUGCUCGCCGCACUGCGCAACCCGAAGAAGUGGGUCGGCAACGACAUGCAUGCGAUCAGCGACCAGGCGACGCCCCUCGGCAUGGCGGCGCGCUUGAGCAAGUUGGCCCGGCGGCCCGUGGAUACGCGUCAUGUGACGCGCGCCGAGUUCGACAGCCUCGAGAGCCACGAGCGCCUCACGCUGCGCUGGGACGCGUGGAACCAGCUCGUACGCAACGAGUAUGACUUCCAGCACGAGAAGCGCGCCACCGCCGCAGACGUCACGUGCCAGUGGAAGCUCGGCGAGUGGAUCGCGCAGAACAAGGAGAUCCAGCAACGGUUGAAGCAUUAGCGGGCGAAUAUCAUAAUGUGUACCAUGUCGAUGUAUUGUUGCUUGUAUACGAG